AUGAGUGUCAUGUUCGCAAAUUCUCGCACGACGCAGACAAAUGCUGGCCAUCUAGUGGAAUUUAAGGCUGGUCGUUCAAUACUGCAACCCGGUUCGACUCCUGAAAAAAGAAAGGUCGUUGCAGAUAAAACCAAGGGACUGGUUUUCAUAAAGCAGUCUAAUGAUCAACUUAUGCAUUUCUGUUGGGAAAACCGAGAGACUGGACAGGUGCCAGACGAUCUGAUUAUUUUCCCCGGUGACACGGAAUUUAUUCGUGUUAAAGAGUGCACGGAUGGUCGCGUAUACAUGCUUAAGUUCAAAAGUUCUGAUGAAAGACGUUUGUUUUGGAUGCAAGAAGGGGAAACAGACAAAGAUGAUGAAUAUUGUAAAAAGGUAAAUGAAAUACUUAACAAUCCUCCAGCCCCACGACAGAGUGGCCGAGCCGGUGGCGAAAGGAAUAUAUCACUUGGAGGUGCACUGGCAGCUUUUAAUUCUAGUGAGAAUGAAUUAUCUGCAUUAAGUAAUUUAGACCAAAGUCAGCUGAUGCAACUUUUAUCUCUGAUGAACAAUGGAGCGGGAUCGACAAGUGAUGGAGCAAAUUUCUUACCACAGCUUCCAUUGAUUAGUGAUGGAGCGCAACAAGCGACUGAAGGAAGCGCUUCAACGCGAGUUGCUACUCCCUCUAAUACUCCUGCAAAUGGCACCGUUUCUGGAAGUGGUGGGCAGGGAAAUGCUGUCCAGCUUUCGCAGUUGAAGGACAUCAUCGCAAGCAUUGGGAACCCUGCACGAGCGAAGAACCGUACGUUUUCAUCUUGUCUUUUUAUUCUUUCUCAAAUACAACCUUUCUUUUUAAGCAUUCAUUAUUGUCAGACUCGCGUUGAGUUGUCUGACGUUUUGAACAAUGACAACGUCGGUGAGACGGUGAAGAAUAACGGCGAUCAGUUGAUGCCUCAUCUACCAAAACAGGAUCCUAUCUAUACUCCCCAACAAGAACUUGAACAAACCGUUCGUACUCCACAAUUCCGUCAGGCGGUUGAUGUUUUCGGUCAUGCUUUUCAGACUGGACAGUUAGCUCCCGUACUUUCACAGUUUGGUAUGCCCCCUGAAGUUACUACAGCGGCGCAGUCGGGGGAUUUAGUAAACUUUGCCCAAAAAUUGACGGAGGCUGAAACUCAGAAGAAAACGGGGGAAAGUGCUGGCAGCAGUGAUGCCCCGUGUCCCCAGUCUCAACCGUCAUCUUCUGAGGUUGAUGCUCACAUAGCUCGUGAAGCAGAAGAGGAAGAGACUAAUGAGUCCUCACUUGUGAAAGAACCAGAACCUAAACGUGGAUUCUCUUUUAGCGCCAUGGCAUGGUGCUGCUCUUAUUUCUUUACAGUGGUCGGACAUAUUACUGUUUGGUACACCGUAAUACAGCUUCUUUUGAAGGUGUAUAGAUGCGUUUAUCCAUAUUUCUUUGCAAAACCACUGUAUCUGCUUAGUGUUGCUGGGGCUAAAUGGGCAGUUAUUACCGGAUCUACAGACGGCAUCGGCAGGGCAUAUGCUUUUGAGUUUGCCCGUCGAGGCUUCAACAUACUGCUGAUUUCGCGGAAUCAGUCCAGAUUGGAUGAAGUAAAAGAAGGCAUUGAAAAAGAGUCAAAAGUCGAAGUGCGUACGAUUCAGUUUGACUUUUCUUGUGCCGAUCUAGAAGAAUAUCAGAAGCGAAUUAUUUCUCAGUUGACUGCUAUGGAAGUUGGAGUUCUAGUGAACAAUGUUGGAGUUGCUUUUGAAUACCCCGACGUUUUGCACAUGGUUGAAGGGGGUUUAAAGAAACAUGUGGAGACCAAUAUUGUAAACACAUUACCAACGACGCUGCUUUGUGCUGCAGUUUUACCUCAGAUGGUUGAAAGGAAUAGUGGCAUUAUUAUUAAUGUAGCUUCUGGAGCUUCAUUUCAUAAAAUGAGCAUGUGGAGUACAUAUUCUGCAGCUAAGAAAUACGUAUCUUGGUUCACAGGGAUCUUACAGAAGGAAUACGCACGAACGCACAUUUUUAUUCAGCUUGUAUGCCCGCUUCUCGUUGCCACAAAAAUGGCUAAAGCAAGAAACACAUCAUUUUUCAUUCCAUCUGCUGAGGAUUAUGUUAAGAGCGCUGUGAACACUAUUGGAAUUCAGAAAAACACAAAUGGCUUCUUUUCACAUCAAAUCCAGGGCGAAGCCAUCUGUGACCUGCCAGAACCAAUUGCCAGUUACAUUUUAGACAACCGGUCAUUUAUGGUUCAUAAAAGGGCGAUCAAUAAGAAGUUGCGAGAUGCAAAGUCAGAAUAA